AAAGAGACACACAUACACCUUGCCAAGUCCUCAACGUACCAAGGCAGUCUGUCUCCACUCUAAACUUCCAGCCGAAAAUCCUACAGAAAUAGCUCACAGUCACUGCGUUGACCAUGGCAGAAGACGACGAAAGGAGAAAGGUAGACAAAAGCGUAGAGCGAGAAUUUUCGCAACAAAGGAAUGACCAAUCCAUUCUAUUGGACGCGUUGGAAGGAUUGAGUGCUGGAAUGUCGCCUGUACAGCCCUCGCUGGCCAUUGCCAAACCUCGUCGUGAUCGAACUGUUUCCUGGGACAUCAAUGUUCCAGCUGACCUCAUCGAUGCACCACCCAACCACGACUUGUCUCCUGUGACUCCUCCGCAAUCGAGCAACGUGACCACUGGUAAACUCUCUUUGAAGGACAUCAAGGAUUCGUCGCCAAUAGAAGAUGAAGCGGAAAGCUAUAUUCAUCGAGCGUUGGAGGAAAGCGAUCCAACCAGAUCUGGCGAGAGCGAAGCCCAAAAGAAUCUUCUUGGUGCGGAAGUCCCAAAAUACCGCUUUGAAGAUGCGCCGUCCUCUCCUGUUCCUUCGACGUCUUCAAAGGCGUCCCAAAAAUCCCAUGUAUCAAAAUCUCACCGCAAAACGCUUAGCACUGGAGACGCCCUCUUUAAUUUAGCGGCAGAAAUGCGUCAGAUGCAGAAUCAAAGUGUUUCCGAGUCCUUCGACGGGGUGAAAAACGGAACAACAAGCGCGGAUAUGUUUGCGACCAACGCCAUCGCUCUCAUGAAGAGAAAUAAAGCAAAAAAAGAAGAGGAAACAAAAAGCGCAGCCGCCGUCGCUGCGGUGAGAGAAACUUUUGAUCCCGCCAGCAAGUGGAAAAAACUUCGCACGGCUGUGCGAGCAUCAAACAUGGUCGAUUCUAAAAAGACAGACGAAGCAGUCGAUCCUUUGGAAAACGAUGAUGGCGAUCAGCAAGUCGAUCUUGAAAGUGGUGUUUCAGGAAAGGGAGAGACGAAGCAAAAUAGUUCUGAUAAUUUACGACGCUCGAAAAAGAAAAGUCAAAUCAAUGAAGAUUUUAAAUCAGAUUUUCAAGACUUUGAGGAAUGGUUGAAGUUCCGCAAGGGAAACGCACUUCGCUUCGUUAAGAACGUGCUUUUCUUUAUCAUCUUCCCGGCAACUGGGAUUGCUGCCAUUCUGUUCUACCUGGCGGAUAACCCGCCAUGUGGCUCACAAGAGGAAUGUAUUGCAGAGCAGCACCCUGUGGAUGUGAAAACUCCCAUGCCUGUGGCAAAUACUACUGACCCGGGAGAUUCCGGUCUAGGAUCCAUCGGAAACUUCUUUCGUGUGGACCGUUCAAAUCAAGCUAGUGCAUCGUUUUGGAUUUUGUUCAUUGGAGUCCGGCAAGUGAUUACUUUUUCAUUGGCCAAAAUGUCACAAGCGGUCGUAAUCGACUUCUUCGCCUUACGAACCCGUUUGUUUGUGAAGGUGCUGGGACCUUACGCAACUUUAUGGACCGUACAAUCACGUGGCUGGCCAUUCUUACUCACAUGGUGGGUUUUGUACGAUUUCUUUCUACUUUUCGGAAACAACAAAUUUGCUCGUCACUGGCUUUUUUGGCAGGACACAAUUGGCCUUUUUAAUUUCGAAAACCCAGCCGGCGGUGUUUUGAACAGCAAAGCGUACCAAACAGUUCUCAUUUUGGCCGCAUCCAUUGGCGUUGCUAUCACUGCGAAGCGUUUUUGGGUUGGACUGUUCCUGGGCCGACAGACCUUUGAUCGAUAUGCGAAUGAUCUUGCGGUUAUUAUGCGAAAAGCUUUGCUGGUUGGUCAAAUUGCUACGCUCGCGAGAGAUAUGGAGAAAUACGAUUUCAGUAUGAACGACUAUCAUGUGGAGCAUUCUGUCGCAUAUAAGAAGACAAUGGAACAGAACGUUGCGGAAUUAGACGGCGGCGAAUCAGUGGGUAGUGGUGGUAAUGCAUCCAAAAGCCAACGGUCAAUUCUUGCCAGCACGGUUGAUUACAAUGCUUCUAUUCGCGUUAAGAUCAACGAAGUCCUUGGUGCAUGGGAGGAGCCGACACUUCUGGAUAAGAGUAAUGAUAUCGUCAGCAUUAGCUCGAUUAUACAAUUUCGUCAAUCCCUUUCCUGUCUCAACACAACGUUCCCAUUUUCAGUUGCCUUCGGACCUGCAGACAGUCGUACAACGUGCAUUUCUUCCGUGGAAACGGUGUAUCAGCGAUUGCUUGGACGCACUCCAAGUAAUGAAGCUUUAAACUUUGAUGUGCUUGCACUAGUUGCAGUCGAUCGCGACGGAUCACUAGACGAGGCGAAAUUGAAAGAAGUGGUGAAAAUAUUUCGGCCCGACCGCGAAGGCAAUCUCUCGCUGAUUGAUUUUGCCAAGUCAGUUGACAGUGUUUACAAGGAACUACGAUUGCUGCGCGCUUCGGUCGCUAAUUCGUCCAAAAUGGACAAGGCGUUCGAGCGUAUCAUCAACAUUUUGUUCUACUUCAUAGUUGGAUGUAUUUCGCUUGGGGUAAUGGGUGUGGAUCCUCUCGCUCUUUUCGGAUCUGUCUCUGCCUUUGUUCUGGGUUUUGCUUUCAUGAUCGGAGCGGCAUGUUCUAAGUAUUUUGAGGGUCUCCUGCUUAUUUUGGUACGCCGUCCCUUCGACAUUGGCGACCGCAUCCACGUGAGCGACGUAAACAAUGACACCAGCUUCUCUGGCUCUCCGACUUGGUUUGUGCGGGACGUCACUCUAUUUGCUACGACAGUGGUCUUUGCGGCUACCAACGAAGUCGCUACCUACUCGAAUGGGUCGCUCGCCAGUAGCCGCAUAAUCAAUGCUGCGCGUUCGCCACAGGCUGUCUUGUAUUUCAACCUCAAAUUUCCCAUCAACACACCAUAUUCAAAAUUCAAAAUCUUCAAGGCUGCUUUGGAGAAAUUUGUCAAGGCGCGUCCUCGGCAGUGGUUGAGUUUUUCAGCCUUCCGCGCUACUCGCGUGGAGGCGGAUGCUGGAUUUGUUGAGUACAUUGUAGUGGGACAGCAUCGCGAAUCGUGGCAGAAUGUGGGAGCCUUGCUAGACAGCAAGGCAGAGUUAUCCAGCUUUGCUUUGGAGCUGUCAAAGCGUAUGAAUAUGCGCUAUCGCGCGCCACCUUUACCGGUGGACCUCAGUAUGCGAGCUGCUGGAAAUGGAGGUCCACUCAACGACAUGCUUGCACAACAGAUGCAAGCAGGCGACCAAUUUGGCUCUUCAGAUGGAGACGGUGCCAAUGAAGACGGGUCCCAGAGCACGUACGAUAUCGGAGCGAUCGAGUCCAUGUUUGAAAAACCUAAAUAAGGUGCAUCAAUCCAAAAGCAUACAGCGUACCCACUUCAUAUGACUUCCCCACGUGAAGCCACAUGCAGCACAUUUAUAUUUAAAUAGAAUGCUAUGACAAGAAAAGGACAAGACACAGUAGAAAAGAAAAUACUAGUAACCUCAACAGCAAUCGAUUGU